AUGCUGAAGCUAGUGGUGCUAUUGGCCGUGUGUAGUGUGAUUGCAGCGCAAAAGCAACACCAGCAGUCGCAUCAGCUGCAGCAGUCGCACCAGCAGCAACAGCAACAAGCAUUGCCCCGCUACAAGGAAAUUCCAAUUGUGAAUUUGGAGAAUGUGCUUGAAGUUGAUGGCAAGUUCCGGUACAGUUACGAGGGUGGUGAUGGUACGCGUGCCGCCCAGGAUGGACAGCAGAUUGUGGUGAACAAUCAGGUUGGAACUGCUUCCCAGGGCCAGUACACGUACCAGGGCGAUGAUGGCAAAACGUACUCCAUCUCCUACAUAGCGGAUGAGAAUGGAUAUCGGCCGGUGGGAGAUCAUCUACCCACGCCACCACCAGUUCCUGCACCGAUUGCUCGUGCCCUGGCGCAUCUGGCAACGCUGCCACCGAGUAAGGAUGGGCCGGGCCGUAAGUUCUAG